UCGCGAAGUUAGUAGACUGCUCGAUGAAUCAUCGUCAGCUGGCGGGAGAUAUAAACACAAACCUGGGUCAAAACACGUCAGUUCUCAAGAUCUCUCCAGAGUGGAAAUAAGUAGUACCAGCCUCUUGGAUCAACUUUAACCUCUAUAACAGACAAAAUGCGUUCGUGGACCCUCCUGUUGGCGCUCUCUGUGGCCGUGGUGCUUGCCGCCUCUGUGGCAGGCGCCGUCCCACUGGGCCCCGACUUUGAACCCUCAGAGAACACAGGAUCGAAGACCUGGACUGCCAUCAAGAGCUUCUUCCGUCCCAUGACCGACUACUUCACCAAGGAACUUCCUCACAAGUCUCCCUCGGAAGUGGCUGGUGAUGUCACGGAUAAGGUAACGGACGCAAAGGAAUGGAUGCAAGAGAACGAGUCUGUCCAGAAACUGUGGUCUGCCCUGCAGCCCGUCAGGAGCUGGAUGAAGGAAACUGCCACCAACUUGAAGGACAAGAGUUUCAAGGAAAUGUUCGAAGACGUGAAGGGCAGAGUCGGCGAAAUCGACCAGACUGUGGGGUCGUGGAUCGAGAAAAAGACGGGCGAAGGCGAAGCCAAGUAGGGUUUGAGACGCGAUUCAUUUCACUCCCAUAUUCUAUAAGAACAAGUGCCUUCGAAACCUAUAGCAGUUGUCUUAGGAAAAGGAAGGAUGUCUUCAGGUGCUUUUAAUUUAUGUGUGUAAUAAAAAGGACUAUUUUUCCUUUCUAUUAAACGAAAGAAAGAGGAUAAAUGGAUGUAUGAAUGUGUUUAUUUUGUUAAAUGAUCUGUUGCUGUACCUGUGGUUACCUGUUAUACCUGGCAUUGAGGGUUUUGUUGCAUUUACCAAAGAAACAGUGUUUCCAUUUUGAUAUUCUUCAGAGUUGUGAUGUUUGCUGCAGUGCAAAUGGAAAUAAAGUUGGAUUAUUUGUUAUA